AUGCAGCUCCCUGCGCUGGUGUGGCAGCUUCGUCUCACUUCUUUUCUGCUCCUUUUUCUCUCGCGUGCGGCGAAGUCUCUCUGCCUCGUCUCGGGUGCCGGUCGCUGCCCUCUCUCAGCUUCCGCGUCUGUCUCUCCCUCGCCUCGGCGUCCGCGUCCCCGCGCGGUUUCGGUACUGUCAUGCGCCUCCAGUCUAGCUUUUCGGUCCUCGCUGCCGUCCCUCUCCGUUUCGCCUUCUGCCGGCUGGCGGUCUGCUUUCUGUGUGCCUCUCUCACGCAAACCUGGCGGUGCACAGAGAAAGGGCCUUUUCGACUCCUGCUCCUCCCGAGUCCGCUUGUCGCGGCCCUCGCCUCGGCCUUCCUUCGCCCUCGCUUCGCGCGGGGUUAGGCCUCCAUCUCAAGCCUCGCGUCGCCUCCUCGGCUCGUCGCUCUUCGCGUCGCUCGGCGCGGGCGCCGAGACCUCGCCGUCUCUCUCCGCUGGCUGCCCGCCUCUCCGUGCGCCACCUCCCCCCGCGGCGUCGCCUGUUGCGCGCCUCGGCAGCGACCUCGCGGACGGCACUGUCGCCAUCCCGCGGCCGCUUGAGGCCGCCGCCCUGGAGGCCUGCUCCUCUGUCCUCCUCGCGACAGACUUGGGCACGCAGAAAAUGGGCAUGGCGCUCUUCUCCCUCACCAGCGCGGCGGGGGACAGAUCGCUUGUCAGCUCGCGCCGCGUCGCUCCAUCGCGCCGCGCCGCGGACGCGGCUGCGUCUUCCUUCUCCGCCGCCUCCUCUCCCUCGUACGCCGCUCGCCCGCCUCAUUCCGGGCGCCACUGCCCUCCGCUACGAGAGAGGGAGGCAGCGGAGGCCUCGGCAGGCAGCGGGGGCCUCCGCGAGCGAGCAGGCGAGGCUCCUGAACUGGCGGCGACUGGCUCGGAGACAGCGGAGCUCCGCAGGCAUCCGCACUCGGCGUUCGUAGAGGCUGAGCGCGAAGCUGCGCGCCGCGAGAGGGAGGUGCGCCGGCGAAGCGCCGAAAGAGACAGACGCAAACUGAGAGACCUCUCGGGUGUGGCUAGAUACCUCACGCUAAGUCGCCUCGCGGACGGGGAGGACGCAGUCCGCGAGAAGAAAGGCAUGGAAGAAGCGACAAGCGACUACGCUUUGCCCCCCGAGAGAGGCCUCGAAGACGCACUCGACUCGCCCUGCCGCCAACUCCUCCCUCUCUCUCCUCAGGCUCUCAACUCGUUUUCAUUCUUUUCUUCUCCGUCUUCUGAUUCGUCUUUCUCGCCGUCUUCGUCUUCUCCUUCGUCGCCUCUCUCCGCGGCCCCACCGUCGCCCUCCUUCGCGUCGCUUGCUUCCCAACCGGCGGUAUCGCUGCUGCGGCGCUUCACGCACGGCGGAGACAUCGAGGCGGCGGUCGCGCGCGUCUGCGGCGCCGUGGCCGCGUACGGGGUCCGCGCGCUUCUCGUCGGAUACCCCAAGAAUCCCUUCCUGCAUCCGAGCCACGCCGCGCUGACGUUCCGCUCGCUGCUGUGCCGCGACUUCGCUGUGCUUCUCGCGCGCGCUGUGCUGCGGCAGGCGCCGCACCUGGCGCCCUCAUCCCCCCUCGCCGCGACGCGCUCCACUGCUGCGAGCCCUGUCGUCUUCCUCCACGACGAGGCGCGGACGACUCUAGAGGCGAAGAAGAUCGGAAAGGGCGACCAGAGGCCCAAAACGGCGGAGUUCCUCGACAGCCGCAGCGCGGCAGUGCUCGGGCGCGUCUUCUUGAGCGCGCGCGGCGCGGGCAGCGUCCUCGUCCUGCCGGAUGCCCGCACGUUUUUUCCGCUGUCCUUUGUCUCCGCGCGACGGCCGCUCUCGCAGUUCAAAGAGUUUUAUCGCGUGCAUCCAGCUGUCGUCGAACUCGCGAAAACCGUCCCCUGGGGCCUUUUACUGUGA